AGGACCCGCCGCAACCUGACCGUCAGAAAGAAUGCGCGAACGUGCCAUUCUCGUUGUGAAUCCCAACUCAACCGAGUCCAUGACCAAUGCACUCAAGCCUUUGGUCGACGACCUCCACUUCACAAAUGUCACUCAGCACCGCCGCACUGAUUUACAUAGCAAACUAACAGCAACCGUAUAGACCAGGCACGAGUACUUUACGGCUCCGUCCGGACCCAAGAGUAUCAAUGACGAAGAUGAUGCCGCUGAGAGCGUCAAGCAUUGCCUCCCCGCCCUGGAAACCAUGCUAGGACAGUAUGACGGAUUUUUGGUCGCCUGCUACUCGAAACAUCCCCUCGUCCCUAUACUCAAAGAGCAGGAGGCCAUCAAAGGCGCGCGAAAAGCCGUCACGGGGAUAUUUGAAGCCAGCGUGGGCACAAGCCUGCAAAUUACUCAUCCGGACGAGAAGUUCGGAAUCGUCACCACAGGCAAGGUGUGGGAGAAGAUUCUCUCACAAGCCGUCGUCGACUUCCUGGGCACCGGCUCCGAGGCCAGUAAACGAUUCGCGGGCGUGGAAACCACAGGGCUGAAUGCAACGGACUUGCACGACGCGCCGCCAGAGGAGGUCCGGAAGAGGAUGAAGGAUGCUGUCAAAAGACUGCUCAAGAAGGGACACGUUGGGGCUAUCUGUUUGGGCUGCGCAGGAAUGUCCGGGAUGAAUGAGAUGGUCCGAGAGGCCUGCGUCGAAGAGCUCGGGGAGGUCCAGGGAAAGCGGGUGAGGAUUGUGGAUGGGGUUCAAGCGGGUGUUGCAUGGCUAGAGGGUGCUGUUCGGUCCGACUUGUAAAAGCGUUCUCUCUACUACCAACCACACUCGACGUCACAGCUCCGAACCACUAGCACGGCUACCUCGAGGAGCUUUGCAUAGCGGUUAUGAGUCUGGGUGCCGUCGGAACUUCCAUAUAACUUGUGAACACGGCUUACAGUUGUCUCAACUGAGUCAAAGUAUCGCACUGGUGAUGAGUACUUCCGCUUAACGAGGCACACUACGUAUAUCAAGUGUAUCACACCUGGAUCAUAACGGC